GCCAGGACCUUACACUUUCAUCAUGCGUGCCUCGAAGCAGGUGCCCAAGAUCGUGCUGAAGCACAAGUCGCGGCGGCGGCUGUGGCAGCGCCGCGAGGUGGGCAUCCGAGUGCCAGACUGCGCCGUCGUGCAGCACAUCACGCGGGAGCUGGACGAGCCGCUGCUGUCGUCCUCCGCGGACGAUGGCCCCACCGCGGUCUGGAGCACCCAGCGGGACGCGGUUGACUUCAUCGUGGCGGGCAGCACGAACAUGGCGAACAUCUGGGAUGAGGUCGCUGACGAGGCACACCGCACGUGCGGGAAGCGGAUCCGAUUCUACGACCAGUUUGCCGACGUCACCGGCGUCGCCAUCACCCUCCACGAAGAGGAGACCGCAUCUCCUCCGUGGUCGACCUCACCAUGGAGUACCCCGUGGUGCGCCGGCAAGGCCUCGGCGACACGACCCAGUGGGAGGCGCUGGCCGAGUAGGGCGGACGGCAGCCAUGCCAGGCUUGCCCGAGGGGGAUCGGUGCGCGGGUGGGUAGCAAUCGGGAUCAGAGGAGGAAUAAUCGCAGGAGGCAGGGGCGGGAGCGGGAGCAGGGCAUGACGGCACGGCGUGCUUCGACGCAGAGUCGGGCCGUGCGAGUUGGGCACGGUGGCGGAUUGUUCUCUGAUAGUUGGAGCCACCCACAAGCUUUUUAAUAGUCUAUGUCGUGCAGGCACGAUGGCGGAGUAUUCUCUGGGGCUCGAGCCCCUUCUCCCGUCAUACCAGAGCCUCCGACUGCGUCUCACUUUCUGCUGAAACGGCAGGGUGCAGAGGUGAAAA